GGUGAACGUGAAGCCUUUGCGUAUUUAUAGAGCCGAAAGAUUCCGCGACGCUUUUCCGCGGUGCGGCUUUCCUUCGAAAAUAGUUUCUAAGAUCCGCCUUCUAUGAGUGCAAAGGCAGGCCAACAUCACAUCGACACAUUGUUCUACAGGCGAUCUAAGACCACCCUUUCGCACGACAAAACCUUCCCUUAUCCUCGAACUAUUCGGUUUCCAACAGUCCGUGUGCGCGUGGAAGCACCAGAAUCUUGCUUUCUUUCCUUGCUGCUUAUCUACUCGAUGAAUUUUACUCUUGACCUCAUGUCUCGCACCGAGUGCCCUAAGGCGAACGACCUUACCAGCGCCAGUGCUGUGGAAAACAGCAGUGAAACCGUAUCCAGGAAUGUGGCGCCGGUGAGCCACACAGGUCCCAAUGUAAAUACACGAGCACCGCUAUCCUCAGCUGUUCAAUCACGGGAUCGGGGACCCCGGCGGAAAGAAGUGACCAAUCAUAUCGAGAUGGAAAACAUCUGCUCGUUUAUUCAGAAGCUCUAUACCCUUGUCGACGCCCCGGAGCAUACUCGAUUCGUUCAAUGGAACGCUGCCGGCGACGUUUUCAUCGUUUUCCACAGUGAGGAGUUCGCCAAAACGGUCCUUCCCAAAUACUUCAAGCACUGCAAAUUUCCUUCAUUCGUUCGUCAACUCAAUAUAUACGGCUUUUAUCGAGUUUCGGAUGCCCGCAAAACUCCCCUGGUCCGCAGCAAAGAGGCCUGCGUAUUCUCACACAACUACUUUAAGAAGGGCAGGAAAGACCUCCUCCCCUUGAUACGUCGCAAAGUAGGCUCGAAGAAGGAGUUGAAAAGAGUGUAUGCUGAGAAAGCGGCCUCUCGAGAGCACGAGCUGCAGACGGACCUUCAUUCGGAGAUUGACUUCAUGGAACCAAUAGACGCUGCUUCCUCGAACGAAGAACAUCAAAUGAUGUUUGACAUUCAUGAGCCGCAUCAUUUAUCGCACGGUCUCCAGAUGUUUCCCGGGCGGCCAUCCUCAUCUUACGACGUGCAUGCGCAAAAGACGCUCGAACACCAACGACGGGUUGAGGCAGCUCGUCGAAGCAUGCAGCACUUGAGACAUUUUUUCCCACACCCGCAACUAUACCCCUAUCAGUUUCCACAGCCCUCAGUGAUUGCUGGAGCCUUCGGAUCGCCAACCGCUCACGAUGCGAGGACAAUGGUGAGAUCUCAUGGGCUCCAUUUUGAGGAGCAGGCAUGGCCGCCUGUGCUUCGGGUGGGCGCACAGCACGCAGAGGACUUUACGACAGAUCCUAUUGAUUUCGACAGUUCUUCAGACAUGUAUACCCAGGACGAGGAGCUUCAGCAGCAUCAAAAUAAGCUGAGUCACAUAGAAGAAGAAGACACAGAGUUCCAUUCCCCGCAAUCGGCACGUGAACUGGAGCAGGACACACAAACGUCGGACGACCAAACUGAGCUCAACGCCGGAUCAGUUGGUAGCCUGGAUACCAGCAACAUCUCCCACACACAUAUACCCGAGAGCUUCGCGAAGCAUAAGCAGCUUUCCUUUCAUCGACGAGCGCAGCCACCGCCACCGAUUUUUACAGCCUUCGAUCCGCCGAAGUUGACCCAUAUCAGCCUCCCCCCUUUGGUCAAAGCAGACGUUUCGGGGCCUUACGAAGUUGAUCUUCGGGCCGCCUCGAUUCCCGCAGAUCCAUUUCCAACAACCACUACGGACGAAGAUGCCGGUCAGCUCGCAACAUAUAGAGAACAUAAAGGCCUGAACAGGCUACUGCACAAAGGACAUAUGUCCGCCAACCCGGUGCUCUCUGGGCGAUACCAAGAAGGUUCAUCCAGGGCGCCGAUGAUCGCUCCCUCCGACCCUAAAUCAGCGAUCUGUCUUCCCACCGACGCGGCUCGUUUGACCCAUCAGCGUUCGAUAAAGUCCGGGCGUGGUUCUGCUACAGCUAUUCCUGCUGGAGCUUCCAGCUUCCGUCGAUUCGAUGAUGUCACAAUCAUGGCGGCGGCUGCAGCUGCUGCCGCGGAUCCUUAUGGACUUCUCGCUUCCCCUGCCGACGUUCUUGCCUACGCAAGCCUUUCGCCGAUGCCAUCGUCGCUGCCUUACUCUUACGCUCUCUCUCCUUAUCUUUUCGGCGCUGGACCUGCAUCCGCCGCGACCGCACGAUCAAGCCGACGACAUGGGCGGUUCCAGCCCCCGACACCGACUGGGGAGCAACGCUGCCAGUGCUGCUCGGACAUCGCGUCAGCUUAUCCCCAUGGAGGUUCUGCAUCGCAGGAUCAAGGCCGACUUCCUCCGCACUACCCGUAUGCCCCAGACGAAGAGUAGCUUGUAUUUAUGUCGACACUGUGUCAGCUGGUCUUGGCAUACCUUUCAUCAAUAAUUUAUGUUUGUACAUAGACAGAGUUGGAAAUGUUUGAUGGUACCAUAUCUUUCCUCAACUGGAAUUGGAUUGCCCGACGUGGUCGUGGGGAAUGGACUGUCAAUUACCGCCAUGUUUUCCGCCCCGAUAUCGUAGAGCACACCAGUCGGAACGCCAAUUGGUUGCCAUUGAAAUUGCCAAACGGCGGUAGCAGCGGG